AUGGCGACUCGUCCCAUCCCGCUCGACAUCGUCUCCUUCGUCCUCGACUCCCUCUACCGCGACCUAGACUGGCCCGCACGAGCAAAGCAAGGCGGCACGAUCUCGCUCGUCUGCCGGAGAUGGCGAUCACUCGGCGAGGCUUUGAGCUGGCGGCGGGUCGAGAUCACGUUCGGCGAGGAUGAGAGGGCGAUUGCGCCGCUGGUUGCGCGACCAGAGCUGCUCGACCUCGUCCGCAGCCUCGUCGUAAGCCAUACCCGCGAUCAGGAGGUGGAACCGUUAAGCUUGAUGCCGACAGUUGGUGAGCUCGUCACCAUCUUGCGGAACGCGAAGAACCUCAAAUUCGUCUCGCUUCAAUGCGCCCUUGGCGCCGCCAUACUCCUCGCUGCGGUCGCCGAGUCUCCUUCCGCUCCCUCACUGCGGACCCUCGGAAUUGCAAGCCCAGUAGUACAUUCAUCGGCCAUCCGCGGACCCGACCUUGUCGCUGUCCCGAUCGUCAUUGACUUCGACACUUUUCCGCUUGAAGAACGCCUGGCCGCCUUCGGCAAUCUCAAGCAUCUCGGCGUUCACUUCCACGUCAUCGGCAGGGGCCUUGCAUCGCCACGAUAUACGCCGGUCACCAAGCCCCUCCAGCUGAUGUCACUCGAUGUAUGUGUCAAGAGGUCGGGACUAGGCAACCCAGCACAGGAGGAAGAGUUCGCACGCCAGGUCUGGCUUCGCAUCAGGUCUCUCUUCCACGCACGGACGCUUCAACACUGCGCGUUUCACGGCUCCAUCAUCCCGCUGCAAGACCUCGUCAAAGACUCGGUCAAACUAGCCGACCUGAGCGUUUACACGACGCCCGAAGCGCUAUGCCCAAAUCUCGAGCCCUUACUCAAGGCACUGGCCGCCCUGCCCCUUCGCCAACUCACCAUCUACACCCCCAAGCCAUCGCAAGAUGCGGCUCUUCCCGAAUCGCACCUCGGCGCGCUGCAAGUCCUCAACAUGGAGCCGCAAUCCCUCGAAGAGUGCUCUCUCAGCAUCGGUAUUCGGUUCCAGGACGAUCUUGCGGGUGUGCCGGAGCUGAGCAUCGAGAACUCGGGCGGGAAACACCUGGACGGCGGCGCGACCAUCCUCCCCGAUCCCGAGCACUUUGCGGCCGUCGGACUCGAGGUUGUUGGGAGGUCAAAGGGGGUCAGGCUGUGUAGGCGAAACGGGACUCGAGACUGGCUCUUGCUGCCCGACGUGCGUUCCUUCUCGCUGCGGGACUCGCUCGCUCGCUAA